CGCUGUGCAGAGAUUCGAACCCAGGCCUCCACAUCUGCCUCCCCAAACUUCCAGUUCCGACGCUGUGGGCCUGGAAGGACCAAAAGCAUCUCCAGCCCACCCCUGGCAAAUCUGCACAACAAAUAUGCUCCAGACAUCACCAUGGAGACCGGUUGCUAGGGGCAACAGCUUCACAGCAUCUUUCCAGACGCAAGUGUGUGGGCAAGGAAGAGGGCCCGGUCCCCAAAAAGCCCCAGCCCCAUUUCUAUCUGGGUCCGGGGCAAGGGGGGCUUCCUUCCCCAGAGGUGGUCCCUCCUGCACCUUUUGGGGACGAUUGAGCCCUUGUGACCUGACUGCCUUGUCCACCAUCAGGAAGCCAGAAGAAGCCUGCUGUCUAAGAAUCCUCCUGUCAUUUCAUCGGCUAAAUCCAGUGGAUCUCUGCUGCCAGGUAACCCGCGCAGGGCCGGCCAAACAAGAGCCCUCUGCGUUUGGUAGCAAUGGCGGAAGGUCCGAGCGGCUCCCUGCCACCCUUGGCCAGUGCUAUCCUGCCCACGCCAGUGCUGAGCUUGGAGCAAAGAGCCGCCUUGGUCUUCGUGUUCCUCCUCUUCGUCGUCCUGGGCUUGCUGAUCGUCCGUUGCUUCCGGAUCUUGCUGGAUCCCUAUCGCAGCACCCCGACCUCCACGUGGACCGACUACAUGGAGAAAGACACCUUCGGUUACCGGCUGGCCUGACGAAGGAACGGCGUCCUCAAGGCGGAGAGACGGCGGCCCGGAAGGGGCCCAAAUACUCUCUUUGGCCUGGGAGUCUCUUGAUCUUGGGGGUGCCGAGACUGGCGGAGAAGCAGUCUCAGGCGUUUGGGCCCGGAUGGAUUUGGGGACUGGUGUGCAGAGCCUGUGUAGUGCGCAGGAGUUUCACAAAACACACAGUGCCAGUGGUGGGAUCUAAAAAUUUUAGUAACAGGUUCCCAUGGUGGUGGGAUUCAAACAGUGGCGUAGCGCCAA